CCUCCUCCCCUGCGCCCUCCCGCCCGCCCGCCCGCGUGGCUGUUACCGGGUGAACGCGUGAGCUCCUGAGCUCUUAAAAGAGUCCUCCUCCCCGAGCUCUUUGCGCAGACGUUCCACUUUGGGGCGUCUGUGUCCGAGGGCAAGCGGGUGGGUCCUUGGGACCCGAGGAAGGAGGAAGGGGGGAGAAGAAAGUUAAGGGGGGAGUGACCGAAGGGAAAGAAGACGGACCACGGCGGAAAAGUGAGGGAAACAAGAGCAAAAAGUAAGGGAAGUGGCCCAACUUGGGCCCGGGAUGGACGGGCCGGAAGGGAAGGAGAUGGAAGGGACUGAAGGGAAAGAGAUGGAAGGGACUGAAGGGAAAGAGAUGGACGGGACAGAAGGGAAGGAGAUGGAGCCCGAGGUGGACAACAAAACGAUCAAAGUAGAGCCCACCGAACCCGGUGAGACACAUCUCAGGGAGAACAGCCCCGACCCUGACCAUGGCCACGAUACUGACCCUGACCCUGACCCAGGAGAGGGACCGUCCUCCUUGAUCAGGGACCCCAAGUUAGGACUGUGCGAGCCCAAACCAGGACCCAGCCGCAAGAUCAUUGACGACGACGAUGAUGAUGACAGUGAUGAUGAAGAUGAGGAUGAUGAGGAUGAGGAUGAGGAUGAAGAUGAUUCCCACUUGCCCCUGGUGGUCUGGGAGCAGCCUCUCAAAGUGGGAAAAGAAGAGCCCAUGGACUACGAUGAUGACUGCAUGCCAGGACCCAGCCGAGCCAAACCCCUACACAACUGGGACUCAGACAGUGACUCGGAUUCUGACAGUUCAACCACAUCCUGUAGGAUUCGAGAACUUCCCGUUCAAGAUGAGGAGGAAGAAGAUGAUCAGGCGCAAGCCCAGGCUCAGGCGCCAGCCCCAAAGCAGAAAAGCAUCUUCUGCUUCAAAAAGAAAGAUAUACCGGCCAUUGACACACCUCUUCCAAUAGAUGACAUGACUCUGAUUCUACCUGAAAGUGUCGAACUACAGCCCUUUGGGAGGGUUUCAGGUAUUAUCGAAAAACUAGUAAUCAUUGAAUCUGUGACUGACCUACCACCAGUUUGCGAAGAUAGCAUGAUCUUCAAGAGCAAUCGACAUGCUGCUGGAAAGAUUUUUGAAAUCUUUGGGCCGGUUGCCCAUCCCUUUUAUGUCCUACGGUUCAGUUGCAUGGAACACAUCAAGAGGAAGGACAUCAAAAUAAGGGACAUCAUGUAUUUUGCCCCCUCAAUCCAGCAUUUUACUCGCUACAUCUUCACAGACAGAAUCCGGGAUAGGGGUUCUGAUGCUUCAUGGAAGAAUGACCUUGAACCACCUCCUGAAGCUGUUGAUUUCAGUGAUGAUGAAAAAGAAAAAGCAGCCAAAAGCAAGAAGAAGUACUACGGACGGAAUCGGAAGAAGCAGAGGGCAGAGUACAGAUCAAAGAGCAGAUCCAGUUACAGCAGGGAUAGGAAGGGUUACAGACCAGAAAGCAGGCAGCUAGCCCUUGAGGAUGACAGGGAGGAGGAGGUCCAGGAAGAGGCCAAGGUAGAGGAGGUCCAGGAAGAGGCCAAGGUGGAGGAAGUCGUGGAAGAGGCCAAGGUGGAAGAGGCCAAGGUGGAAGAGGUCCAGGAGGAAGCCAAGGUAGAAGAGGCCAAGGUGGAAGAGGUCCAGGAGGAGGCCAAGGUAGAAGAGGCCAAAGUGGAGGAGGCCAAGCAGGAGGACAGGGAGGAAGCCAAGCAGGAGCCCAAACAGGAGAACAGGCAGGGCUCCCGCCAGGAGAGCAGACAGGGCUCCCGCCAGGACAGGCAGGCUUCCCGAAGCCAGGACAAUAGGCAGGGUGCCAGGGAGAGAUCAGUUUCCCAGCAGGAAAACAGACAGAGCACACACAGGGAUCAGAGGAAGGGAGGCCGACAGGAUCAGAGAAAAGGUGGCCGACACGAUCACAGGCAUUCUAGCCGACAUGAUCGCAGACAGGAUCGCAGGCAGCUGGUCCAGCAUGACCACAGGCAGCUCAUGCAGCAGGAUUUCCGGCAGGAAUACUGCCAGGAGUUUGGUCAGGAGUUUGGCCAGGAGUUUGGCCAGGGCUUUGGCCAGGGCUUUGGCCAGGGCUUUGGCCAGGGGUUCGGCCAGGAGUAUGGCCAGGAGUUUGGCCAGGAGUUUGGUGGUCAGGAUUACGGGCAGCUAGAAUUUGGGCAGCUGGAAUUUGGGCAGCAGGAGUAUGCGCAGGAGUAUGCGCAGGAGUACCAGGAGUUCCGACAGGAAUACCAGGAGUACCACCAGGAGUACCGCCCUGCUGCUGCCGCCGCCGCUGCCGCCGCUGCUGCUGCCGCCGCUGCUGCUGCCGCCGAGUACCACCAGGAGUACAGACCUGUUGCUGAGUACCGGCCUGACUAUCAGAAUCUUGGUGCUUAUGGAGGAGAAGCUCCUGCUCACUGGUGCCCUCAGCCUCGUGAGGCUGGAAGAGGCUGCUACAGCAAACGGGAGUACCACCGAGAAUUCUCUCGGGCCCGGCACCACAAGGCCAGCCACACCAGGACCCAGGCGGCCGCCGCGCAGUUCUACGCUGACCACAGGGGGAACCAGGAUGCUCCUCCCUCCCUGUUUGCGCCUCAUCACAGGCAAGACAAUUCUCUUAUGCAGCAUUCCUAUCAGCUGGCUCCUCAGUACUUUGACAUGCACCAUUACCAGGCUCACCCCCAGCAUGUGGCUUGGUCUGGGCUGACCCAGCAUGUGCAAAAUGCACACUACCAGCACUUCCAGGCCCCUCAGGCUCGAGGCGGCGGUCAGUGCUCCCAGUACAGACCUUAUUACUAGACAGAACAUGUUAAUGAGCUCUCUUUAGAAAAAGAUGACAUAGAGCUCCCCCAAAACAUGAUUCCUUAAGUCUAGUCAAAGAAAGCAAGCAAACCUGAUAAAAAUGAAAACACUUACUGUAAAAUAAUCCAUUAUUCAAGUGUUCAACUAGUAAAAGUUUGUGAACUUUAGUGAAAUAGUGACAUACUCUCCUAACAAAAAAUUGGAUCUGAGAUUGAAAGCUGAAAGAAAAAAACAAAAUAGCGUAACCCUUCAAAUUAUGUAUCACUUAACUAAAAUUUUAAUUAUAAUACAAAGGAAUUUUCUUUUCUUCCCCCCCCCCCCCCCCCCCACAGUGUAGAUCUAAGUAGCAAAAAUAGACCAACUUUCAAUUAAAGCAUGGUGAAGCAUUGAUUGACUUAGGGAGUUUAUUAGAUCCAGCAAGAUAAGAUUUUGAAGUUCAAUUGAGCAGCCAUGGGGAAAAAUGUUUGGGUUUGUCUUUUUGUUUGUUUGUUUGUUUUUUACUUUUUACUAAAUGUCCUUGUUUGGAAAUGGCUUUUGUUAGAUACAUUAUAUAAUUUUCGAAAAUCUUCAACCACAAUCUUUUUAAGAUUUAGCAAAUGGAAAUGACAGAGGAAAAAUGCAUUCUUUGGCAUUAAAAGUUAGCAUGAGGGUUGUGUAAAUUAAAUAUUGUGGUUCUGAAUAAAUAAGAGCAUAAAGCUGACAUUUAGGAAUUCUUAAAGAAGAGCUUUGCAAAUUUCCUUAAUUUCUGGUAAGUGACCAGAAAUUCUCUUCAUCCUCACUGAGUUGGCCAAUUUAAAAAAAAAUCUUCUACAGAUGAAACAUAAUAUCCAUUCCCCAAUGAAAUCAUUGCAGAAUUUACUUAUUGACUAUUGUCAGUUCAUUGAGCAUAUUACUUUACAACAUGUGUGAGAUAAAAAGUAAGAGUGCAGGCUUUAGGGUUAGUCAAAACCUCUCUGUUUUUCAGAUUCCACAUAUUGAAAAUGCUAGCUUGACUUGGGAGGUAAUUGAUAAGGCCCCUCUAGAGCUGUGAGAGCCCUCAGAGGCCAUCUAAGUCAAUACUCUCAUUUUAUUGAUGUGAAAACCAUGGCCCUGAGGGUUAAAUGACUUGCCCAAGGCCACACAUGUAGUACAAUAUCUAUGCAAACAAAAGAAAACAAAAAUUGGAAUUAACAACAAACACAAUCCAGACAGUACUACCUAUGUGACCUUAGACUAGUCAGUUAACUUCUCUGGGUCUCAUUGAUGAAAUGAGAUUGGACUAGGUAGUCUCUGUUCAGCUCUGGAUCUAUGAUCCUAAAGGAGCCUCAUAAAUUAUUUCUUUAGUCUAACUCUCUCAUUUUGUAGUUGAGGAAUCUAUAGCCCAGACAGUUUGUAAUUUAUGUUUAAAGUUUUAGCACAACCAAAAAAACCUAAUCAUACAAUUUAAUUGGAAAUCCUGGUCCAAAAUUCUAUCAAAAAUGGUGAUUUUGUCAAAAUAAAUUUAGUUUUAUACCUCCCCCACCCCAAUUGAAAUAAAGUGAUAAUAUAAUAGUACAAAGGACCUGCCUUGCAUUCAAGAUGAAAUUUUAUUUUCAUGUUAUUUCCAUAGUCAAAUGAAAUAUGACAAAUAUUUGCUUUUAAAGCAUGAGUUAAGGGUUCAUAGAUGAGGGAAAUUUAUACUGAAGGUGUCUGAAUAUACCCAGUUUGAAUCUUUGCAGGGCAAAUGCACAGCUGUAAAGGUAAGUUAGUAAUUAUCCAGGCAGGCAACAAAGUAGUAGCCUAAUUAUGCUGUAAGGUGAGUUUUUUUUUUCCAUGCAUUAAUCUACAGGACAUAUAUAUAUACAUAUAUAUGUAUGUAUAUACGUAUCUGUUCAUUGUUUAUAGAUCUUGGAUAUCAAACUCAUUGGAGUAAUUUGAUGCAAGAUUUUCCCCCCAUUCAACUACUAUACUCUCCUUAUCUUAGAUGUACAGUGCAUCUCCAUUUACCAGUAUACAAUAUUUCAUUUGACAUCCUAAUAGCAUUUACUUCAAAACUAAAUGGAAAGAGUUGACCUAUAGAACAGGUGAAAAGGAAUGUGCAAGUUAAGAAAAUUAGUGAAUUGAGUUUGAAUAAAAUAUAAACAAGUAAAUUAUGUAAGAUAAAUUUAUAUUCUAUUCAUUAAGAAAGAACCUUUUUAGUCCAACCAAAGUCCAUCUUUAAAAGAAAACUGAUGAGGUGAGAUUAUCCUGAGGCAAAUCAAAUUGUUGAUUGGAUCUUUAUGGAAUUUAUCAUACUUUAUUAGAUUCAACAUUUAGUAAAUCAAAUAAAAUGAUUUAAACAUCCAUACAUAUGUGGAAAAGAAAUUUUUUUAAAAAUCUGACAUGAGAGUUUAAGGUCUUUGAAACUAAAUUUAAAAUCUUCCCUCAGAAGUCUGACAAUUCACAAAUAAUACAUUCUAGACAUCUGCCCACAAGAAAUUCAUAAGUAUCAUUAUAUACUGAUGAUAAAAAACUUUUUUUUACUCAUUUAAAUUCUUUCUUUUCACUGCACCAUCAUGUUUUUUCCCCAUGCAUGCCAUGGUAAAGAGCCUAUCCUUAAGGUAGUACUACAGCGUGCUAAAUGCUUAAUGUCAUCAGAGCAUUGUGAGAGGCGAGGCAAGGCAUCUUGUACCUCUUUAAGCCUCUAGUUUCCUCAUCUUUAAGAUGGGGAUACUAAUACCUGUAGUACUUACCUCACAGGGUUGUUGUGAGGGUCCAAAGAUUACAUAAGCACAAUUGACAUCCUAAUAUCUUAAAGCGUUAUGCAAAGGCUAAUUAACUAAAGUCUAUAUUAAAUAUCUUUCACGCUGCAGUGGGAAGACAGUUACAUGGCAUGCAUAUAGUAUUUAUGAUCAUGAAUCCCUAAAUUGCAAGGGGGUUCCUACAUGUCCCUCUUGAUCCCUAAACUAUUCAAAUAAAAAUUAAUCUCUCUAGUUAUACCAAAUCUAAUUUGAAUCAAAAGCAUAUCAACUCCUCAGGCUCCCGGUUAAGGUUUUUGUUGUUGUUGUUGUUUUAAGAAAGAUACUACAUAUCAUUAAUGUUUAAUACAUAAAGUUGAAAAAACAUUUAAAACCGCAACAAAACAAAAUUGGGAUAAUGAUUUCCUCAACGCCCUCCCUCACCAGGAUGACCAUAACUAUAAUGCAAUGUAUUUAUUUCAUUACCUAUACCAACUUAGUAAACACCUAUUAAAGUGGAUGGUCAGUUGGACUCCCUAGCAACUAUUCUCUUGUAUGCUAUGGAAUUAGGGGCAUCUUGGUUUAUGUGUUGAGUGUCAUAGCUGCCAACUUUUGACUGUUUCUUUAUAAGAUUGAGUGGAUGCUGGGUCAGAAAUACCUAUAUUGGAAAUACAAUAUUUUAUCUGGUUCAAACAAACAAACAAAACCUACUAAAAGUUAGUCUAACCAGGAAGGCUCCUCAUUCCUGACAGGGGCUCUGAUUCUUCAAAGAGACUAAGAUUGGGCAAACUCUAGGAAAGGAGUGAUUAGCAAGUACUAGAGAGGUAGAUUGGGUGUACCAGAGGGAAAAGGAAAUAUAAAAUCAGAUAAGUAUUCUGUGAUCAAAUUUUCUUUUGAAGUAGAUACUGCAUAUAGUGUGACAUGUCUGAACUCAGAAGAAUAAAAACCAAGUCAUUUUGUUGAUUAUGUGGUAACUUCUCUCAUACGUACUUCUUUUUUCUUGUGGUGACGGAUGCUGUGCCAGAUAGAGAGUUGAUCCUAGGAUCAAAAAUGACUUGGAUACUAAUGGAAAGAACAAACAAACAAAAACAAGCCCAAAGCAAAAAAUCUGCUUGUUAGCAUAGAACCCCAAAAAGAGUGAUGACUAGAUGAAGAUGGUUUCUAACAGAUAAGAAUUGGGAAAGAACUACUCUAAAGGGUUCUCAAUAGUUUGCUGGAGUGAAUGUGUUUUAUUCUACAUCCCACUGCUAUUGUAAAGGUAUACCUGCCUUCAGUCAAACAAUAUCCCUUCUAAGAGAUGGUUUGACAUGGUUGGGCUCAGUUAAGUUAUACAGAUUGUGAUGAAUGUUGCUACCCAUUCAAAGCUAAGUAAUUUUCAUUUAAAGUAUAAUUUUCAUUUUGGCCAACUGUAAAUACCAAACAUUACAAUAUUAAAUAUGUUGUAGAGUAUAUGUAUUCAAAUGAAUUUUAAUAAUAUUAAAAAGUUAAAGAAAAUAGCUAGGCAUUAAUUUGAUCAAUACUGUCAAGUUUUGUAUGUUUGUAAAUAUAUUGAAUCAGAAAAAUGCAUAAUUACCACAAUCCCAGUUUCAGUCGUUUUUUCAUGGAUGGCAGCUACUCAGCUGUGUUCAGAUAGUGUGUUACAUCCACUUGGUUAGAAGCUGUGUACGAUUUCUUAAAAGUGAUCAGGAAAACUGAAGUAUACAGAUGCCUCUAGUUCAGAUGAAACAUCAGUCUGCUGCUGAGGAAUAAGAGUUCAGUUGAAUGUUUGGACCCAACAUCUUUCAGUUAGUACAAGCUUUACAAAUUUUUAAUAUGCACCAAACUGUUAAUGUCAAUCAGUUAUGUAGCAAAGAUCCAAUGCCUCAGUCCAACAAUUUUAGAAAUGUUCUUAAAUUUUUAUCAACCUAUUCGAUUUCCUAGUUUGUUCAGCUUGAAUGCAUCUGUUGCAUCUUAAUUUCAUUAGUUUGGUGAUUAUAAAAGAGGGCAACUUUAAUUCAAGAAGCAAUUUAAUGUCCCACUGAUGUAAUUACUCUACAUGAUAAUUAGGGGGAAAAAACCUUCUUAUAUUUUCUUAACUUUUUUGCCAAAGAUUGCAGAGAUCCAGAUUGAUUUCCAGGAACCAAAUAACAAAGUAUUUUUUAAACUAUUCUAAAAUGAAAGCAUAAUCUAUAAAAUUAGCUUUUACACCUAAAAAAAGAAAAUAUGCAAAUUUAAGAAAUCCAAAAUUCUUAACCAAAUGUCAUAUAUCACAAUUGCUAGGUUUUUCUUCAUCACUUGUCUUUUCCUUUUGUCUUUUAAGUCCAACAUUAUACAAAUAUAACAAAAAAUUAUUCUGAUGAACCUAUAGGAUAUUUGUCCAGGACAUAAAAUAUUUAGAUUUAUACAAAAACAAUUUUCCUUGGAAAUAUUUUACAGUAAGUUAUUUUUCCCUUAGAAUCUACAUUUCAUCAAGGCCCAGCCCAAACCCACUUCCCUCAUGAAGGCUUCUUUGACCAUUUUAAAGGACAAUGAUGUAAAUUCAUAAUGCAUUCUUCAUACCAUUCAUCUAUUACUUAAUUGUGUGCUGCCUUACAGGAAUUUCUUUUUUUGAGUUGUUACUUAAUCUUUUCUGUAUGUAUGUAUCUUUUUUCCCCAACUAGAUAUUAAACUUCUUGAGGGCCAGGACCAGACAUUGUACUUCUGUACAUAACCCCACAGCACCUAGAUUGGUACUAUGUACAUAGUAACCACUCUGUGAAAUUCAUUGGCUAAUUCGAGCAUAUUUAUGGCCUUAAAACUAAAGGAUUGUGCAUAGGUGCUGAGGGGUUUGUACAUAACCUCUGGAGCCAUCCACAGAAGGUGGCUGUGUGCCAGAAAAUUGUGAAAGAGAAGUCAGUGAGUAUCUUCUCGAGUGCUCCCUUUGGGCGGUUUUGCUCCUUCUAACAACAUUACCAUGCAACGAGGAUCCCAGAUGCAGAUGGCUCACUUCAUUCUUUAAUGGAGUCCACUUGCCCUAUUGAAUGGGAAAGGGAGAUGUGGGCUGGACUAGUUGGCUUUCUGAGGACUCUUCUGACGAGGAGAUUCUCUGAAGUGGAGGGAAACAUGGCUAGUGUCUUGAAUAUGAGAAAAAAAAAACUGAGAUGAGUACUUUGAACCACUUAUCUAUUCUACAGAAUGCACAGCAGUUGAUAUGAGACAGGGUAACUCGGGCCUCUACCUCAUAUACUGCUAGUCCAAAUUACACUACUGUGACAUACAAGUGUUUUUAUAAUUUUCAACAAUGAUGUAGUAUCUUAACCACAGCAGUUGAAUCGAGACAGAGUAACUCGGGCCUCUGCCUCAUGUACUGCUAGACUAAAUUAAAGCACUGAAAUAUAAAUAUUUUAUAAUUUUCAAUGAUUAUGUACUAUCUCUUCCCCAAGAGAUUUCAAAUCACUUUGCGGAUAUCCCAUACUCAUAACCACAUGAGAUAAAUGGGUAGCAAGUCUUAAAUGUCAAAUUUUUCUGAAUAUCAUGUCUAAGAAUUAUCUUUCGACCAUACUGAAAUAGAGGUCGUUGUAGAGGAGCAAAGAGUGAAGACCACUGAGUGAAGCAAAAGCUUUCUCAAGUCACUUAGCACCUCUCAGGACCCCAGGGUCCUACAAAAUUGUUACAAUGUUAGGAUGUCACUCAAAUGUAAAUUGUGUGUCUGUAAAAGAAGGGUCUACGGUCCCUUCCAGUGAUAAUAAUGUGUAAAAUGAUAUAAAAUGUAAAAAUGCCAAAAAAAAUCUGUGAGUAAAUGUAGUUAAUUAAUAAGUAUGCCAAAAAAAUAUAUAUACAUAUAUAUACACCUUUACCUUCAAUGUUUUCUUCCUUUUAAGCGCCAGUAGUCUUAAAUGAUACUUAGAUUGUCUUUCUUAGAUUCUUUCUUAGAUUGUCUUAGAUUGUCAUUCUUAAGAAUUCUUAGAUUAGAUUAACAAUAACUAAUAUGUUCUUUAACAAUAACUAAUAUAUUCUUGGCGCUACAUAAAUCUUAAACUGAUACUAAUAUCUAUCUUAAAUGUAUCUUUCUCUAUUCAAUGUUAUUUCUCUAUUUUUUAACUAUAGGAUAAGUUAACUGUAGAGUAAACUAUAGAGUAAAACUCUAUAAACUCUAGAGUUAAAAACAUCGGGGGAUAUAAGGGCUAAUCGCGAUUGGUGCUGUGAAAUUUGUCCCGUAAAAGACUUAGUUGAAUUUAUUCAACUAAGUUAUUGUCCCCGUAAACCUAUUGUGGUGUGCCGUAACCAAUUUAUAUUAUGCAUGUAUAUGUUGAUAUCUUAAAUGUUUAUCUAUGUAACUCUUAAAUGUUAAAUAAAUGUUUGCAAAAUUAAUAAAA